AUGUUCCUCUUUGCCACCAAAACCAAGACCCCCAUCAGCACCUACACCGACUCCUACCGGCCUCCCAACACCAUGAAGAAGGUUUUUGAGGAAGCGCCGAUGACCCUCUGGAGCGAGAAUAAGUUUGUGACCCAGGGUUUGACCAUACCCAGAGUGGAUCAACCAAUUGACCAAUCCCACCUGGAGAAGAUGGUGAAGAAGGCAGUCCAGGAAUACUCCUACAAGAAUUCGAUAGAACCAACAGCUUACCGGCCGUACAAGUAUUGGGUGUCCCGCGAAGAAGAAAAACUCAACCCGGUGUUCGUCGGCAACGACAGGUACGCAACAUGGAGGACAGGGCCGUACAACAGCGCCUCCUGGAAUCGAUACACCACGUACCUGCCACGGAUCCCCAGGGAGGCCGGCAUGGAUGCCAUUUUGCGCGGGAUGCCCAUGGAGUACCCUCCAAAACCCGAGCGACUCAACAAUUACGAACGGGAAGUCGUGGUCAACAUGUUGAAUAGCUUGUCUCGGAAGCAACUUCCGUAUGUCCGACAUCAGUACCCCAUCCCAGGCCGGAUGCCCUACCAAGGCUACUACAGCCCUUGCACCGGCCGCCAUUACUGCUUGCGUGGAAUGGACUACUACGUGGACGGAGCCCCCAGCACCGAGAGGCAGAUUAGCCAGCUAGUUGAGAAGAUUGUAAGGAAUUUCCCAUACUACGACCACCAGGUGGACAUGAUGCUCUGUGCACGUUUGCCAAGCCUGCCGCCAUCUUUCCCGUAUAUGAACCUUAAGUGGGACACAAGUCAUUUUAAGAGGUCUGGAGGGCCGGAGAGGGACAGCUAUAUAAUUCAUCCUGAGUUUGUUUCAGAGGCUUAUCCCACUCCGCCAUGUUGGUAUUAA